AAUGAUAAUUGGGACAGCAAAUUUGCGCAAGACAGAAAUACAAGAGCGUACUAUCGCGGCGCUAUAAUCCAUCGCUUGACGAUAAGUUACAGUCAGUUGUUAUAAUAGCGGGAAAGCCAUAGCGGACUGUGAUUGGCUGCCGAUAGCAUGCAGCUGCACGAGCGACGCGGAGUAGCGGGGGGCGAGGUGUUAUCGAUUUAAAUUUGGUUUGUUGGACAGCACGUCGAAUACACGACGUUGUGCGGUGUAGCAACUAGGUUCGAGAGUAAUCAUGUCGUCGCACGCUAGGUUAGGUAUUGCGCCAGAUAAUUGGAGAGAAGUGAGAAAAAUCGCUGAAUCUGAGGGUUGCGAGCGACGCGAAAUAGUGCCGAAUUCGACGAACGCCGGCCGGGACAUGCCGAUCAACAUUGACUUUCCCACGGCGGUAAAAGCCACGAUACCGAAACAGAGGCAAGAUCUACUAAAAUGGAAUGGAUGGGGAUACAAGGACUCACAGUUUCGUAUGAACGAAAAACAGAUGUUGGAAUUCACUGGAAAGAGGUACAAUAUCGGCGAUCAAGUAUUACCAUACUUUACUGCUUGGGUCACGGAUGUGUUCGGUCUUGAUCUAUCAAAACCCGUUGCGUCCCAACCUCUGCCGCAAGUCUAUCCGGAUCCCAUUGUUGCACCAGAGUUGAUUGACUGUCUGCGGCGGGAAAAUUUUGAGUAUUCUACCGACGGCGUCGACAGGCUUGUCAGAGCACAUGGACACACGCUACGCGAGAUAUUUCUGCUGAGAGAAGGAACUUUUCCUCGCAUACCUGACAUCGUUGUUUGGCCAAAAUCCCACGAAGAAGUGGAAAAAAUUGUGAAAAUCUGUGCAAAGUACCAGAUCGCCUGCAUCCCAUUUGGCGGUGGUACGAGCGUCAGCGGUGCUGCAAGAUGUCCGGACUUCGAAACUCGCACGAUAGUUUCUUUAGAUACUACACAAAUGAAUAGGAUAUUGUGGAUCGAUCGUGAGAAUUUGCUCAUUUGCUGUGAGGCUGGCAUCGUCGGCCAAGACCUGGAACGUGAGUUAAGAAGUCAGAGACUCACUGUUGGUCACGAACCUGAUUCGUACGAAUUUUCAAGUUUGGGUGGUUGGGUUGCGACACGGGCGAGCGGUAUGAAGAAGAAUAUUUAUGGAAACAUCGAGAACUUGGUGGUGCGCGUCAGGAUGGUUACGGGGAGAGUAAACGAUGGCGAAGAAAGCGAGAAGAUAACACUUGAAAAGGGCGCUCAAGUGCCGCGUUCUUCCUGCGGACCGGACUUCGAUCAUGUGAUAUUAGGAAGCGAAGGCACGCUCGGCGUCAUUACACAGGUCGUCUUGAAAGUCAGACCUGUGCCAGCAAUUACUAAGUACGGAAGCGUCGUGUUUCCUGACUUCGAGAGUGGACUCCGGGCGAUGCGGGAGGUGGCGCGUCAACGAUGUCAACCAGCUAGCAUUCGCCUGAUGGACAACGAACAAUUUCAAUUCGGCCAGGCACUACGACCGGCAGCAAGUUGGGUCGGUCUCAUUUCUCAAGUAUUAAAACAGGCCUACGUGACACAGAUCAAGGGUUUCCAAUGGGACACGAUUUGCGUAGCGACGCUGCUGUUUGAAGGAGAGGCAAACGAUAUUGCCCUGCAAGAGAAAAAAAUAUACCAGAUCGCGAAACAAUUUCAUGGGAUCCCAUCGGGUGAAACUAACGGCGAACGGGGUUACGUUUUGACUUUCGUCAUUGCGUACAUACGCGACAUAGGACUCGAGUACAAUGUCGUGUCGGAGUCCUUUGAGACUUCCGUUGCGUGGGACCGCGCCUCGUCCUUGUGCCGUAAUGUGAAACGUCGAGUUAGUCGAGACUGCAAGGCCAUUGGUGUUAAUCAUUUCUUAAUCUCCUGCCGUAUCACGCAAACUUACGACGCCGGCUGUUGCAUAUACUUCUACAUGGCUUUCAACUAUCGCGGAUUGGCCGAUCCCGUUGAUGCCUAUGAAAGAAUCGAAAAUAACGCCCGCGAUGAGAUAUUGGCAAACGGUGGAUCGCUCUCCCAUCAUCAUGGCGUAGGAAAACUGCGUGCUUCUUACUAUCCCAAAGCGGUUGGAAGCGCUGGAGUUGCGCUAUAUCGCGCGGCGAAAAGUCAUCUCGAUCCUCUCAACAUUUUUGCUGCUGGAAAUAUAGAUCCUGAGUACAAACAUAGUCAAACGAUCUUAUCUAAGUUGUGAACAAUGAACGGACUAUCGAUUGGUUUGAUACGGAUAUUACAGAAUUUUACCUGAGAUUCUCCGCUUCGUGAGUCCCCUUUUUCACCAUUCCACAUUCACAGCAACAUUACACGUUCUACCCCUGCAUUCGUUACUUGUAAGGUUUUACUUGAAGGGAAACAUCGUGGUGAGAAACGAAACAAGGAUAUUUCUAUUAUUGCUAUUGGUUUUCUUAUGAAUAAGCAGUUUAAAUUAAUAUUUAUCAUGAUUUUUUAAAAAGAUACAUAGGUGAAGGAGGUGUAUAAGAAGAAAUGCUCAGUACAGAAUGAUCCGAAGGACCAAAGAUCAACCAAGAUUUACAAUUUGUUUAAUGUAUAUACGUAUAAGUGUGGCUACCAUAGGACGUGAGAAUUUUUUGUCCCUCUAAUGUAUUUUACCAAAAUAAUUUUCACGUUUUCUUUAAAGUUUGACA